AGCGUCAUAUCCUUAAAAUUCUUUUUGCUUUUCUUCUCACUGUUGUUUUUUCAGCACUGCAUUGUUAUCUCUGACUUUUGCCUGUUGAUCCACUUUGCUGAGAAAUGAUUUCAAUUUGUCAAUUUCUACCCCUAUUACUACUUGUUUUACUUGCUUUCUGGGGACUGGUCAUCCUUACAUUGACUGAGGUUCAAUUGGGCUUCAAAAUCUAAUUUUUAUGGCCGCUUGACGACUGCCAAGGAUUUGCUGUGAUCUCUGAAUAAUUCAUAACCUGUGUUUUCAUCCAAUUAAGCGUCAUAUCCUUAAAAUUCUUUUUGCUUUUCUUCUCACUGUUGUUUUUUCAGCACUGCAUUGUUAUCUCUGACUUUUGCCUGUUGAUCCACUUUGCUGAGAAAUGAUUUCAAUUUGUCAAUUUCUACCCCUAUUACUACUUGUUUUACUUGCUUUCUGGGGACUGGUCAUCCUUACAUUGACUGAGGUUCAAUUGGGCUUCAAAAUCUAAUUUUUAUGGCCGCUUGACGACUGCCAAGGAUUUGCUGUGAUCUCUGAAUAAUUCAUAACCUGUGUUUUCAUCCAAUUAAGCACACAAUCUAUGUUAGGGGGUACCAAAUGAUGCCGAUAACAUGUUUCCGGGAAAGUGGACUCAUUUUGUUUUAGUGCAGUUUGUUAAUAAGUGAAUAGUAGUGAAAUCAAUGCAACAAUUAUUGUAAUUAAUUGAAAAAAUUUGUUCCCCUUUGAUUAUUUCCCUUACCGUAAUUAGCUCGAUUAAAAUGGUUACCUUUUGACUGGCUUGGUUCUUAUCUGUACUCUAAUCAUUUUCUCUUCUUUCAAGUUUAAUUUAUUUUAUUUUCUACCAAGACGCAUUUUGCCUCAAAGAAUUGGUAAGUGAGAUUAUGUCUAAUAGACUGAAUGACCAGCAAGGAAGACACAUCCGUCCCUUGCACUAACAUUUGUGUGUACAAUCCGACUCUCAUCUUUGAUAGAUUCCGUUGCUUCUUUCUCCAUUAAAGUAAUAGAUAUUGAAUCAAAUCUUUUUUUGACGUAGUAAAAAUAUUUCCAUCAAGUUGAUGUAGGUGGAAUUUUUUCUUUAUUUGAUUACUGCAUCGAAUUGUUUUGUUUCUUGAGUAGUGUGUUGCGUCGAGACAUUCAUGAUUUCUUGUUUUUCUUUUCGCAGUUCAUGUUCAGCCGCAGCUUUACAUUGGAUUUGCAGGUUGCAAUAUCAAGACAAUUAAAAGUCCAUGACGGCUUAGAUAUCAAGUGGUCUGGCCAAGGGUGGAUUUGUGCUAAGCAGCUCAAGCAUUACCCUGCAUUUUGCCUGGACAAAACCACAAUCUCGGUUUGUUCCUUUGUGCUGAUGACAGGCAAAGACGAACAAACGCGAUACCUCGCUUACUUGGAAGAUUUAUACGAGGACAUUAAGGGAGAGAAAAUGGUUAGAGUGCGAUGGUUUUACCACAACGAGGAAGUCAAGAACCUGAUUCCCGAACUAAAUGAUGCACAACCUAAUGAAGUAUUCAUCACGCCCCACGUUCAGGACAGGAUUCAUGUCAAGUGUGUAGACAAUGUUGCUACCGUCUUAAGUCCUUAUCACUACGAGAAAUGCUCUGCUAUAUUUCCAAAAGGGUUGUCAUCGGCGAUCUUUAUAUGUCAUCGGGAGUUCAAAUGCAACAAGAAAAUUAUUGAGCCUUUUCCGAUUGGUAAAUUGCGUGGCUAUGAGAGUCAAGAGCUCCUCCGGCGCAAUCUCCUCUCAUUUUUGUUGCAGCAGCAUGGCGAUGAUUCGAUUGAACAGAACAAAUGCCCACCUUCUGAUUGUCCUGCCGGGGUAUCUAAUAAUCAGAGAACCAGAAGUCGAAGACGGAAGUGUACUAAACCAGAAAGGUUUUGUUUGGCUGCAGCAAUGCCGAAUUCCUUGAUCCUGGAAAACCGUAUAGAAGAAUCCAAAGAGCCCCUGGGGCCAGGAUCUAAUCAGGUUGAUGGGGCUGAACCCUCUGGAAUUUCUUAUAGCAUGUUUGACCAGGAAAAUCAACAUAUAGAAAUCCUUUCCCUGGAUAGUGGCACUCGAGGCUGUUGGUUCAAAUGCAAGAUAUUGCGGGCCUCAAAAAAGAAAAUUAGAGUUCAAUAUUUUGAUAUUGAGGAUGCCGAUGGAGCUGGAAAGCUUGAGGAAUGGAUUCCAGCAUCUAGAGUGGCUGUUCCUGAUAAAUUAGGCAUGAGAUGUGCUGGCCGCCUUACUGUCCGUCCUUGUCAGCCUCCUCAUAAUACAUCUGACCAAUCCUUUGAGGUUGGGGAUGCUGUUGACGCAUGGAGGGGUGAUGGCUGGUGGGAAGGCGUUGUAAUUAGUUUCGACAACAACUCUGGAAGCGAUGAUUUUGAAGUUUAUUUUCCUGGUGAAAACAAGUUUCUAACGCUGCAGAAAAAUGAUUUACGACCUUCCCGAGACUGGAUCGAUGAGAAAUGGGUAGAAGUUGCAGCGAAAGGUGAUAUACUCUCAGUGAUUUCCUCACUACGCUCAUCAUCAGCUGAGGCAUCUGAGAGUGGUAGUUUGGCUGCACACCCGAAGAAAGAUGUGCCUAUCGUGCAUCCCAAGAAACGGCUGCGCGGUAACUACUCAGAUCAGGCGGGUUCCAAGGAGCCUAAUUCCAGCCUAGAUGUAGAGCCAGUUGCAAAGGAUAUGUCUUUUAGCCAGCGCAAAUUGCAUAUGAAUAAACGCAACAUGAUCGUGGUGGAUUGA